AUGGAAUCUACCCAUUAUGAUCGGAAACAACAAUGCUAUCCAAUUCAUCGACGAAUAUCAUCAGGUUUCAAUCAACAAUCGAAACAAGAUUAUUUAAAUAUAACUAGAGAAUCUCGUCAGUCUCCCACUGAACCACCUAUUGCCAUAGAGGAGAAUAGUGAAAAUACACUGAUCAGUCUUAGAACGGGAACAGUUCAGAUCAAUACAACAAAUUCAUUGGGUAUUGAUGAAGCAGGGUUGAAUAUAAUUACAGACCCACAGGUACCAGGCAAUGUUACAAUAUCGGUACAGAUUGUGGAAUGCGUGAAUUGCCCAUAUGAAACACUUGUAAGUGAUUUAUCACCAUCUCAAACUCUCAAUUUAACAAUUAAUACUAAAUACACGUAUCGUCUACGAAUUGAACUCAACAAUGCAACUGUCUGUCUCGAAACGUUAAAUUUAUAUGAACAUGGUCAAUAUGUAUUUAAUAUUCAAUCGAACACUGGCGCAGCACUAACUAAUGGUUCAUCCGAUACGGCAUUAAAGUGUACAUUAACCACUCGACGGUUAUCGAACAAUAUUUAUACCCCUUUGAUUGUCGGUGGUGUUAUUGUACUGUCCUUAUUUAUCGCCUGUUUAUUUGCUCAACGUAUGAAAUUAACUGGUAGAAUAUUAAAGAUGAAGGAACGCUUUUUCAAUCAUGUACCACCACAACAAUCUCAAUCAUCCUAUAAUCUACAACAACCGCAUGUGACAACAGCCACAGUUGGUCAAACAACAAUAUGUUCUCAUAUAACAAACCAUCAUCAUGAAACAACAACGGCUACCAUUGAUUCGGUUGAAAAUCAUCAUCAAACAAAACCAAUUCCAUCGAUAAAUACGGCCAAUGUAAUUGUGCCUCGUUCAAAACGUUUAUUGAGUUUAGAUGCAUUUCGCGGAUUGGCAUUAGUAGCCAUGAUUUUUGUUGAUUACGGUGGUGGUGGUUAUACUCAAUUUGAACAUGCACCGUGGCAUGGCAUUACAUUUGCUGAUCUUAUGUUUCCAUGGUUCAUAUGGAUCAUGGGAGUCUCGAUUAUCUUCUCAUUAAAAAAUAGUUUAGAUAGAAAUGUACCGAAACGAAAAUUAUUAUGGAAGGUGGCAUUGCGCGUCAUUAAGUUAUUUCUGAUAGGAUUUAUAUUAAAUACACAUUUCAAAGUCUAUUUAUCCGAAGUACGAAUAUUGGGUGUUUUGCAACGAUUUGCAAUUGUUUAUGCAGUUAUAGCGACGAUUGAGGUUUUAUGUGCAAGAAAACACAUGUUUUCAGUUUCAACAAAUCAUUUAUCAGCUGUAACAACCACAACUACAACAAAAGCAACAACAAGCAAUUCAAAACGAAUGACAAGUGUAUUUCGAGACGUUUUCAAUUUUCCGUUACAAUGGCUGGCCGUUAUUGGCUUAACAACCAUAUGGGUAUUGAUCAUCUAUUUAGUUCCAUUCGGAGAAUGUCCAGCGGGCUAUUUAGGACCAGAGCGUUUGACUAUCUUUUUUUUUAUUUAUCGUUCUGGUGGAAUACAUGAAAACGGAACAUAUAUCAACUGUACCGGAGGAAUUACGGGAUAUAUUGAUCGAAUAAUAUUUAGUGAACGACAUCUUUAUCAAUAUCCAACUUGUCAACUCAUUUAUGGAUGUACUCAGGCCUUUGAUCCAGAAAAUUUACUCGGCGCUUUACCAACAAUAUUCUUAGCCUAUCUGGGCGUACAAGCUGGCAGAAUUUUAGUUAUGUAUCAAAAAGAUAUGGAUCGUCUUAUAAGAUUAUUUUCUUGGAGUAUAUUUACUACAGCAAUUGGAAUUGGAUUGACAGGUGGUCUAGCUUAUGCACUAUUCGCUUUAAUGUAUAUCCUAAUUGAUAUGUUUAAAAUCUGGAACGGCUGUCCAUUCCAAUAUCCAGGAACGAAUUCAAUAUUAAUCUACAUGUCUCAUAUUAUAUUCGCUACCUAUUUUCCCGUACAAUGGAUGGUAGCCGAAACACAUGCUGCUCAUUUAGCAAUGGCCAUUUGGGGAACAUUAUUUUGGAUUAUUAUUGCAUAUAUAUUUUUUCAAAAACGAAUCUUUUUUGUGCUAUAG